AUGCUGGAUGCAAGCAUGAGGAUGCAGAGGCUGGUGGUGUACAUGAGCUUGGGAGACAAGGAGAGCCUAAUUGUAGAAAACGCUGAUGGAGAACCUGCUCCCGAUUCUGGAGCACUUGCUCGCGACGGAUCAAUUCAUGGUCCUUGGAGCGAAUUGAGAGCUAUGAAGCUCGAGCUCAAACCCCUUCCAGCGGGGCUCAAGUACGCAUUUCUAGGACCCAAUUCGACAUACCUUGUGAUGGUGAACUCUGAAUUGAACAAUGUAGAGAUUGCUUUGCUUCUUUGUGAACUUAGAAAGUACAUAAAAACUUUAGGAUAUUCACUAGAUGACAUUCCAAGGAUUUCUCCAGAUCUUUGCAUGUAUAGAAUACAUCUAGAAGAUGAAUCGAUGACUUCUGUAGAACAUCAGAGGAGGUUAAACCCGAAUCUACAAGAUGUUGUUAAGAAGGAGAUAAUGAAACUUCUAGAAGCUGGUGUGAUUUAUGCAGUUUCAGACAGUAAUUGGAUCCCAAUCCACCUAGACGACCAGGAGAAGACGACAUUCAUAUGUCCUUAUGGCACUUUUGCAUACCGCAGGAUGCCAUUUGGCUUGUGCAAUGCCCCGGCGACUUUCCAAUGCUGCAUGAUGGUCUUGCAGCGGUGUGAGGAGAAGCAUCUGGUGCUUAACUGGGAGAUAUGCCAUUUCAUCAUGAGAGAUGAGAUCGUGAUGGGACACAAUCUCAGAGAAAGAGAUCGAAGUAGACAGGACAAAGAUCGAGGUGAUGAUGAACGCUUCAUCAAAGACUUCUCGAAGAUUGCUAGACCUCUGACGCAGCUGCUGUGCAAAGAUGUGAAAUUCGAGUUCGAUGAUGCAUGUUUGGAGCCACCAGAUUGGAAACUACCUUUUGAGGUCAUGACCGAUGCUAGUGAAUAUGCAGUGGGAGCAGUGUUAGGUCAGAGAAAAGAAAAUAAGCUCCAUGUUAUCUAUUAUGCCAGCCAAACACUCGACGAAGCUCAGUGCAGAUAUGCCACAACUGAGAAAGAGCUUUUAGCAGUAGUUUAUGCCUUUGAAAAAUUCAGGUCUUACCUUGUUGGAUCGAAGGUUGUGGUCCACACUGAUCAUGCUGUGCUGAAGUAUCUCUUGACGAAGAAGGAUACCAAGCCAAGGUUCCUUAGAUGGAUCCUUUUGUUGCAGGAAUUUUAUUUGGAGAUCAAAGACAAAAAGGGGAUCAAGAAUGGUGUUGCAGAUCACCUUUCAAGGCUGAAGAUUGAUGAUGAAAUUCCACUAGAUGACAGCCUCUUGGAUGAACAAGUCUACGCCAUUGAUGUUUCUGGGCAUUGCUCGGAUGGAAUCUUCAGGAGAUGUGUAGCUGAUGAGGAGAUACCUGGGAUCUUAUUUCAUUACCAUGGUUCACCUUAUGCUGGUCACUUUUCCACUUUAAAAACUGUGUCAAAGUUUCUCCAGGCUGGGUAUUGGUGGCCUACUAUGUUCCGAGAUGAGCAGAGAUUCAUAUCCAGGUGUGACACAUGCCAGAGGCAAGGGAACAUAAGCAGGAGAAAUGAGAUGCCGCAGAACUUCAUUCUGGAAGUGGAGAUUUUUUAUGUCUGGGGUAUCGACUUGGGGACAUUUCCAUCAUCUUAUGGCAAUGAGUAUAUUCUGGUGGCAGUUGAUUAUGUGUCAAAAUUGGUCGAAGCUCUGGCUAGCCUUACAAAUGACGCAAAUGUGGUUUUGAAGAUGUUCAAAUCUGUCAUAUUCCCAAGGUUUGGUGUGCCUCGAUUUGUGAUUAGCGAUAGAGGUUCUCACUUCAUCAACAAAGUUUUUGAGAACUUGUUGAAGAAGAAUGGUGUAAAGCACAAGGUGGCGACCCCAUACCAUCCUCAGACAAGUGGACAGGUUGAGAUAUCCAACAAGGAGAUCAAAAACAUUCUGCAGAAAACUGUAAGCACCACAAGGAAGGAUUGGUCAGUGAAGCUUGAUGAUACUCUUUGGACGUAUAGGACAGCUUACAAGACACUUUUGGGAAUUACACCAUUUCACUUGGUGUAUGGAAAAGCAUGUCAUCUCCUAGUAGAACUCGAGUACAAAGCUGCUUGGGCAGUGAAGUUGCUGAAUUGUGAUGCUAGAAGUGCUCAUGAGAGGAGAGUGAUGCAGCUGCACGAGUUGGAGGAGAUUAGGCACUUGGCCUAUGAGAACUCAAAAAUUUACAAGGAGAGAACCAAAGCUUUCUAUGACAAGAGGAUCCUCAACAGGAAUUUUGCACCAAACGAUCAGGUUCGACCAUAUGGAGGUGUAGUGUUGCUGGAUACUAAAGGAGACGAUUUCGUUGUCAAUGGACAGAGGUUGAAGCCAUACUUUGCUGGUCCAAAUGUCGCAGAGGAUGAAUCACUCACCUUAAGCGAUCCUCCUCAAGCCUAA